GCCCCGGAGGCGCGCUCGCGGCGCGGCGCGCGCCCGGCGCGCGCGUUCGCGCGGGGGUCCCGCCAUGCACGCCCCCGGGCGGGGCGAGCCGGCUGCGUGCCGCGCGCCGCCGGGCCCCGCGCCGCCGGCCAAGGCGACCGAGGCCGACCGCGUCGCCUGGAUGCGCCAGUUCCUUGCGGCGCUGGAGCAGUGGAAGACCUGCCUGGACGAACUGAUGGAGCUGCAGGGCCUGCCGCCAGGCACGCCCGACGGCGCGGCGGGGGCGGCGGCGCCGAGCGGGCCGCCAGAGCACCGCGCCGCGGACGGCGACCGACCCAGCAAGAGGCGCAAGGAGGCUUGACGUCCCCGACGCGUUGUCGCAGCGCGUGCGCGGGCGACUGGGACUGGCAAGCUUCAGGUGGCGCGCCAGGGCGGCGGGGCCGCCCCCAGGGCUGCGACGGCGCCCUGGCCGCGGGAUCGGGCGCCUGGGAUGCGACACGUUCGACGCCCGCCUCCAGUGCCUCGUUCGGAACUGGCGCGGCGCGCGGACGCCGCUCGCGGACUUCGGGCCCCGGAGGGCCCGGGCGGGCGCCCGACUUCGGCGGCACGCUGCUGGCCCGCAAGGGGUCGCUGCUCCACACCUCGGAGCGCGGCGCGCGGCCGCCGCUCGCGCACUUCCGGCACCCCGGAGAGCCUGGGCGGGCGCCCGACACGCAUUCCCCCCAUCCCUCGGCGGCACCGUUGGCCCUCCUUGUCUGCUGCUGUUGCCGGUCGUCCUCCUUAUCCCUGUCCUCGCUUGGCCUGCCGGGGCUCCGCGGCCCCGUCGCUGCGUCCCUGUGGCCGAGACCGUGCUGGGCCUGCGGAGGAGA